GUCGUCUUUAUAUCAAUUCAUAAAGAACAACAAGCUCCCUGGAGGCACAACUUAGUAUAUUGUUUUUUUCUUAUUCAAGGGCAAGGAUGAUUAAGUUUAUUCUUCUAUUAUUAGUUUGGUGUUUGAGGGCAGUUAGAGCAUUUGAUUGUUCGGUAUCGGAAUUAUCAUCGUUUGAUUUCGAAAGUAUAAAAGGAGUUCAUUCGGUUACAAUCAAUAAAAACACCCCACCAUCCACCAGUAUUUUCACUUGGAAUAUUGGAGUAUGUGUUAAUACCGACGAGAUUGAACAUUGUCCUAAAAAUUCGGAUAUCUGUGGUGUGAAUAAACUUCAAUUUAAUGAUGAUAAAAAGACAAUUGUAUCGGAAAUAAUUGGUUUCAAUAACGGGUUGUCUAAAUCCUAUAAAAUCACUCCACCGACUAAAAAUGAAGGGGGUGCAGUCACUAUUCUGUAUAAAGGUGCUAGUUGGGGUGAUGUUUUGGUUGAUGCCGAUUUGAAAUUCGUUUGUCCUUCUAAAGACGAUAAGGAUUUGGAUGUUUUCAAUGUCGAUAAGUGGAAUGGUGAAAAAUUACAAAUUUCGGUUAAAUCAAAAGCUGCUUGUAAUACUAAAAAGUCAAAAAAUCCAAAGAAACCUUCGAACGGUAAUGAUCAAGAUCAUGGAGAAUCUUGGGGGUGGUUUACUUGGAUCUUUAUCUUUAUGGUUUUAUUCUCAAGUAUCUAUAUCAUUGGUGGGGCUUGGUAUCAAUACAAUAAAGGUAAUGCAAUUGAUUUCCAAUCGGCUUUAAAAGAAGUUUUGGAAAAUUUCAUCGAUUUAUUAAAAGGUUUACCUACUUUUAUCAAAGAAAUUAUAGAUAAAUUCACCGGUGGUAGCAGAGGUGAAUAUAGUGCUGUCUAAUUGAGGAGGCUUGCCUCUCUCAUUCCUCUUUAUAUAGAUUUAAGUUGUAAAUACAUAUUCUAAAUAGCCAUUCGGA